CCAGUGGUUUUGAAUGUAGAACUUUCGAAUCUUUCAGUGAUGACAGAACCCGAGCUAUUAGGCACAUCUCUUGACGACGAUUUGGGCCCUUUACCAGAUCGAGAUGCUGCGCCACCUCGAAGUCGAUUCGCUAAAGGUCGAUCAGAUUCAAUUGUGCCAACCGCAGGCCGAGAAGGUGCAAUUAUUCAGCCACGGCUUUACAAAGGUCAAUCGAUUGCUGUUUUCACGAGCGGUGGUGAUGCACCCGGUAUGAACAGCGCCGUACGUUCUGUUGUUCGAAUGGGUAUCUAUCUUGGUUGUCGAGUUUAUUUCAUUUACGAGGGAUAUCAAGGAAUGGUUGAUGGUGGUGAUAACAUUAAGGAAGCUGACUGGAAUGCUGUAUCAGAUAUCAUUCAGAAAGGAGGAACCAUAAUUGGCUCGGCAAGAUGUAAAGAUUUUCGCGAGAGAGAAGGUCGGCUUCGUGCAGCUGAAAAUCUCAUAGCACACAAUAUCACAAAUCUAGUCUGCAUUGGCGGUGAUGGCUCCUUAACUGGUGCGAAUUUGUUCCGUCAGGAGUGGCCAGAUCUUGUCAAGGAUCUGGUCGAAAAGGGUCGUAUCACUCUCGAAAAAGCUCAGCAAUGUCCCAAUAUUCAGGCGAGAUAUUUGCUAUCUUUUCUGUCGAUAGUUGGUCUAGUUGGUUCAAUCGAUAAUGAUUUUUGCGGUACGGAUAUGACGAUCGGUACAGAUACUGCGUUGCAGCGAAUUAUAGAAGCCAUCGACUCGGUGAUGUCGACUGCUCAAAGUCAUCAGCGUUCGUUUGUCAUUGAGGUGAUGGGUCGCCAUUGUGGCUACUUAGCAUUAGUGGCUGCUUUGGCAUCUGAAGCCGAUUUCUGCUUCAUUCCCGAAUGGCCAGCACCUACUGAUUGGCCUGAUGUGUUGUGCAAUAAACUACAACAAAUGCGAGCGCAAGGACAACGUCUGAAUAUUAUUAUUGUCGCUGAAGGCGCGAUCGAUCGUGAAGGAAAAGCGAUCACUGCCGAUAUUGUGCGUUCGGUGGUCAAAGAUACUCUUCACUAUGACACACGCGUGACCGUUUUAGGUCAUGUACAACGAGGCGGAGGCCCAUCGGCUUUUGAUCGUCUUUUAGGUUGUCGAAUGGGUGCAGAAGCGGUACUUGCGUUGAUGGAAAUGAAACCCGAGAGUGAACCGUGUGUUAUUUCAAUCGAUGGCAAUCAGAUGGUGCGUGUGCCACUCAUGCAGUGUGUGUUGCGUACGCAAGAGGUGCAAAAAGCGAUGGACGCUCGUGAUUGGGACAAAGCAGUAAAAUUACGUGGACGUAGUUUUCAACGAAAUUUAGACACGUAUCGGUUACUUACCAAACUUCAUAUUCCGCAAGAAAAAGAUAAUCUUUCUGCUGGACUUAUAUUUAAUGUUGCCGUCAUCAAUGUGGGCGCUCCGGCCGGCGGUAUGAAUGCAGCGGUUCGAUCAUUUGUUCGUAUGGCCAUCUAUCAUCACUGCAAAGUUUACGGUGUGCAGAAUUCUUUCGAGGGUCUUGCAAAAGGUGAUCUCAAGGAGAUGUCAUGGAGCGAUGUUAACAACUGGGUAAUGCAUGGUGGCUCAUUUUUGGGAACACAGAAGCAGUUACCUGAAAAAUGGAUGCCAGAAAUAGCAACUGUACUAGGUAGAUUUAAUAUUCACGCACUACUGCUUAUUGGUGGCUUUGAGGCAUACCAUUCAUGUCUUCUGCUCUCUCGUGCGCGACCGAUUUAUCAGUCGCUACGGAUCCCGAUUUGCAUAAUACCGUGCACGAUCAGUAACAACAUACCUGGCACGUCACUAUCUUUGGGUUCUGAUACAGCUGUAAACGAAAUCUGUCAUAUGAUCGAUAAAAUUAAACUGUCAGCGACUGGUACGAAACGUCGUGUAUUCAUUGUUGAAACAAUGGGUGGUUUUUGUGGUUAUUUGGCAACACUUUCUGCUCUUGCUUCUGGUGCUGAUAACGCGUACAUUUUCGAGGAGAAAUUCGGUGUUCUGGACAUUCUUGAGGACGUGAAGGUUACUCACUGCAUUUCAUUCGUUUUCGCCGUAAUUACAAGGAAGAUGCAAAGGGGUGUUCAACGCUACUUGAUCAUACGCUGUGAACUUGCCAAUAAAAAUUAUACGACUGAUUUCGUGAAACAACUUUUUGCUGAGGAAGGAAAAGGCGCCUUUUCCACAAGAACAAACGUUUUGGGUCAUGCCCAGCAAGGAGGAAGUCCGACACCGUUCGAUCGUAACCUGGGUACGAAACUAGCAUCUCGUGCGCUCGAAUAUCUUGUUACACAAGCCAAAGAAAAUUACAAUCGAGAAAAACAAACUGUGUCAGCCACCAAACCUGAUACUGCUACGCUUCUCGGUUUGCGCGGUCGACGAGUUGUUUUCACGCCGGUGGAGGACUUAGCUGGUGAAACCGAUUUCGAGCAUCGUCUCCCGAAAGAGCAAUGGUGGUUGAAAGUUCGACCGUUAUUAAGAAUCCUCGCUCAGCACGAUUCCACUUAUGAAGCGGAAUCAAAGGCCGUUCCUGAGUGUGAAGGCGAAAUCAAUUGA